AUGUCGAUACCACCCCACGACCGAGGAAAACUCCACCGACCCUGCUCCAUCUCUGCAACGCCCACAUCAUCCGCCUUGCUCCUUGUUUCGCCGCCGCCUCGGAAUCCCGUCGAUAGUUUUCUUCGAUACGAAGGACAUGGUUCUCUAUUUCUAGCCCCAGCCCGAUCCGAUGCCCUCGAAACUUACCCCGCGCGGCUUCGAGACCCUAUGGAUGCCUUCUUCGUCUCCUGGCUCGCCCGCCUCGACGAACUCCGCUCUGACCUCCUUGCCGCCCUUAUUCACCGGCCGCACCUCAUCCUCCCAGCCGUCGAUGCUAUCCUCGACCACUACCGCGAGUACCGCGACGCCAGGGCCCGACACGCCGACGCCGACGUCCUAGACGUCAUCUCCCACUCCUGGCUCACCCCCUUCGAACGCACCUUCCUCUGGGUCGCCGGGUGGAAGCCCUCCCUCGCCUUCCGCCUCCUCUUCCACGAAGGCGGCGACGGCGGCCGCGACGGCUGCCUCCUCUGGCCGGACCAGCGGACGGCCAUGGAGGAGCUCCGCCGGCAAGUCGUGGCGGCGGAGCACCGGAUCUCGGAGGGUCUGGCCGAGGCGCAGGAGGCCAUGGCGAGCCAGGCGGUGCUCGGGGCGGUGAGGGCCGGGUCUCGAAACGUCAGCGCGCGGGCUGCGGCCGCGGACGUGGUGGCCAGGGCGUUGCGGGCGGUCGUCAGCGCGGCGGACGAGCUGAGGGACGCCACCCUGCGGCAGGUCGUGGAGAUUCUGACGCCGGCUCAGGCAGCCGAGUUCCUUGCCUUGGCCGCGGAGCUUCGCCUCCGCGUGCACCGGUGGGGCCUACGGCGCAACGGCUAG